CACCUUUAGCAUGCGACUCCUUUUAUAAGAGACGGCUCAGUUCAUGUCAAGACCUGGAUAUCACUCAUCAUCAUGGAUCUGAACAUUAGCCCCUGUUGGAAACAGCUCCUUCUGUUCUCUCUCCUUCUUGUCUGUGUCAAUGGACAAAUGGCAGGGCCAUCUUUCAUGGUGACGUUUCCUGCAGUGAUUGAGUCAGGAUCUGAGGCCAGACUGUGUGCAAGUCUUCUCAAGCCCAAUGAAAGCCUUGUCAUGAACAUUUAUCUGGUUGAUGAUAACCAGAGCACUUUACUGCUGCAGGAGAAAGCUGAGGAAGAGUUUCACCGCUGCUUUAACUUCAAGGCUCCUCUGAUAGAAGCAGAAUCUGUUCAGAAAAUGAAGGUAGAACUUCAAGGACAGUCUUUAAAGAUGUCUGAAGAGAGAAAAGUCAUGUUCAGACCUUACCAUCCUCUGACCUUUAUCCAGACUGAUAAACCCAUCUAUAUUCCAGGACAGACAGUGAAUUUUAGAGUUGUUACCAUGGAUAAAAACUUUUCACCGCUUGAUCAGCAGUAGAGUGAUACUUGAGUGACACCAAUACCUGACAUUUAUCCCCCGGCAUGUGAAUUUUACUUUGGGAACACCAUAGUAUUUUACCCUCUAAAAGUUUUACAGGGGGACCCCCUGAGCUAAUUUUGGGCUAGCUUUGAUUAUCAAUUAGGCAAAUUGGGCAAAUUAUUGUGAAAACCUGGCAACCCUGGUAAUUAUGUAUUUCUUAUUUUUUGGGCAGAAUAUGUGUAGUUGGCUGUUACUAA